AUGGGUAUCAUGCCCAGCGUGACAACCGACCCCCGAUUGCUAGAGGAGCAGGCAAGCAAGGCUCUUGGUGCCAGGGCAUUCAACUAUGUAGCUGGGGGUGCCGGCGAGAAGGCGACCAUGGAUGCCAAUCGCCUUGCGUUUCGUCAAUGGAAGAUGUAUGAGUUCAAGUCCGUCUAUUGUGCCAUUUCUAACGGUAUUCCAUAG